ACAGUCAUACAGAACUGAUUUGGUUUUUUGCACCAUGUAACAAAAAAGAUGAAUUCUUUGGUACCUGAAACACAUCACCCGUCGAACGAUUUAACCUGGUCGCUGUAACCUGCGUAGUCGGAAAAGCUUGACCCUCUGGUUUCCAUCUCCAGUUUGAACCAAUAUGAACAACUUGAGCACGUUUGCAUUCUGUGGAGUCAGCUUACCAAGUGCGCACAAAGUCUUAUAGCGGUAGCUAGCGUUAGCUCUGCAAAGCUGCCGUCUGUGGCCCGUUUCGGCUGUUUCACGCACAGGAACCGGUUCUUUGAACAAGCUCAGACUCAACGCCAUGCAUCUGUUACGUCUAGUGUGCCGCCACAAGACAGCCCUGGUCAUUGGCACAGUGUGCAGCUUUGCUGUAGUUCUGGUUUUCUUGGCCAAAUGUACCUCAGAAACCCUGAAACAGGGCCACCAGGAUCCACCAGGCCUAGCCCCUCAUGCAAUUGCGUUGCAAUCCCAUCCAGAAAAUCACAAUCCCCCCUCUACAUCUAAAGACUUGUCAGCACUGCUGGUGGUCCUCAUCACAACUGGACCAAAGUACACAGAGAGGAGGAGUAUCAUCCGCAGCACCUGGCUGGCCAAGCGGGACUCAGAUGUUCUGGCCAUGUUUGUGGUGGGAACUCAGGGGCUUCCCAAUGAGGACCUUCAGAACCUGAACACAGAGCAGGGGAGGCACAAGGAUCUCCUCUUACUGCCUGACUUGCGAGAUUCUUACGAGAACUUAACACUGAAGCUGAUGCACAUGUACUCCUGGCUGGACCAGAAUGCAGAGUUCAAGUUUGUCCUCAAAGCAGAUGAUGACACAUUUGCUCGCUUGGACAUCCUGAAGGAGGAGCUGAAGGGGAAAGAGCCCAGCCGAUUAUACUGGGGCUUCUUUUCAGGGAGGGGGCGAGUGAAAACAGCUGGAAAGUGGCGGGAAAGCUCAUGGGAGCUUUGUGACUACUACCUGCCCUACGCACUGGGAGGGGGCUACAUCCUCUCAGCAGACCUUGUACAUUAUAUUCAUAUUAGUGCAGGGUACUUAAAAACAUGGCAGAGUGAGGAUGUGUCACUGGGCGCUUGGCUGGCACCAGUGGAUGUUCGCAGAGUACAUGACCCACGCUUUGACACAGAAUACAAAUCGCGUGGUUGCAACAACAAAUACCUGGUGACACAUAAGCAGAGCUUGGAGGACAUGCUGGAAAAACACCAGACUUUGCAGCGUGACGGCCGGCUCUGCAAGGAGGAAGUCAAGCUGCGAUUGUCCUAUGUCUACGACUGGAGUGUUCCACCAUCACAGUGCUGCCAAAGGAAGGACGGCAUUCCUUAAAUAUGUUCUUUUAACAAGACUGAAGGUACACCCUGUUGAACAUCUCUCUUGUCUGAAAAAGUUAAGCAGUAAUACUUUUCAACCAAGGCAAGGAAUUCCAUUUAAAGAUGUGUAAUGGGUCCCUGACAGACAUCAAAAUAAAUGUGCUAAAACUGUUUAAAAGGUUA